GAAGGUUUUUAAACAAAAAUAUCUCUCUCAUCCUAUUUUCUCCAAGAAUCUAUAUAAAGAGAUUAGAAAAUAUAAACCAUCAGUACAAGCUAAUGAAGGUGAUGCAUCAAGACUCUAUGAGGAAUUAUUGGCCAAGCAACAGCAAGAUCCCAGGAAGUUAUAUCAUGGUGUAAAUUUGGUCAAUCGGUUGGGCACAACAAUACAGCAGAAACAAACUGUUACCUGGGUAUUGCAUAUGACAAAGAAGGCAACAAGAGGACAAAUAUCUGGUGUAAUAAUUACUGAUACCGACCCUGCUAUGGAACAUGCUAUUAUGAUCAAAUACCCAACUAUCGUGGAUACUAGGAUUUAUGUCGACAUUGUUCACAUUGGGAUUGAAACAACUUCAUUUGUAGAAAGUGAAAAUGCAUAUAUUAAAGCAAAUGAGAAACAGUAUGAAGAUCUUAUAAAUUUUCCUUCAACUACAAACUAUGUGACAAUUUUUCCAACAAUAGAAGUAGCCAUUAUACACUAUCUGCAUCCAAGGGUUGCACAAAAUAUAAUCAACCAAAUGAAAGAAUGUGUUUACUACAUGGCAUGCUGUUCUAAUAUUGAAAAGAUCGAAAAUGCAUUUAAAAAUAAACUAUCCAAAAGUGAAAGUCUUGAAGAUGAGCCAGAUAGUGUUCUUGCAUGUGUACAGUUUCUUUUGUUCCAAUUACAUUACGAUAAUAUUGCUGAAAUUUGA